GUCUCAUUUAUUCUAGACUAUACAAUGGAAACCAAGAAAAUUUUGUCUGUUCGAACAUCACUCUUCAUUGGACUAAUUUGCAUGGCUUUGCUCUUCACAUCUGUGAGAUGUGAAGAAAAAAGCUGGCUGGUGAUUCAAGGGCCAUGCUCUAAGUUCCCGAACUGCAACAUAACUUGUAUAGGAAAUGAAUAUAAGAGGGGAGGCAAGUGUCUUCGACCUGGAAAAGGAGCGCCUCUGGCUUGUGCCUGCGUUUCUCCAUGAUUUAGAUCAAAACUAGGCUACAAUCCUUUUCUUGAAUAAUUUUCUGAGUUGUGUCGAAAUAAAAAUGAAAAUCGUUAAAUAA